CAGCUCCCCAGCCCCCCCUCUUACGCGAGGCCCCCUUUUUGUGGGGAGGGUGUCCCUUCCCGCUCCCUUCCUGCGCCAGGCUGCAGGAGAGGCUCUAUUCAAGCCCCCUUUGUGCUUCAGGGGGUCCCAAUUACAAUUGGGGGCGCCCCUCCCUCUUUUCCAGCUCCCCUUUCAGGCUCUCCCUCGUGGGGCAUCUCCCCAUUUUCUAUCCCCCCCCUUUUUUUUCAAAGAUUGGGGGAUAUCCUUCCCCUUUUCCUUAUUUUAACGCCCCCCCUUUCCCUCCCUUGUCUGAUUGGAAAUAAUUACAACUUCUGUAAUUACAAAAUUCCUUUAAUAAUUCCUUUAAUAAUUCCUAAUUACAACUUUCCAACCGGGAAGGGUCGCUCUCCCUUCCUGGGAACUUGCAGGGGUCUGAAAGGCAUCCUUGUCAACAGGAAUUUGGGGGGGGGGGAAACCAGGGGGGUGGGUGCCCCCACACAUUUUUUAGGGGAGAGGAGCCCCCAAGACUGUGGUCUGAAAUUUAGGGAUCCCCUUCCCCUUUUUGAAGUGCAGCAUCUCUCGAAAGGGAGGAGAAUUUUUAAAACUGCACUUAUUUUCCAUUGGGGGGGUUGUAUUAAUCCUUCCUGCUUUGGGGCACCUGAUUGCUCCCCUCCCUUUAUGGGAACAAACCUUUUUGUCCCCAAAGUUUCUUUUUCAUGCAUGCUUGCAAUCUUUUUUUCAGGGGGUGCACCCUCUUCCUCUGCCUGGUUCCCUAAUUUGCCUGCCUUCCUCAUUUGGGGGAACUUCAAUCUUUUGGGGGGGACUUUUAUCAUCUGCGUUUAAUGCACUGUUGCUUUUUUAACAGGGGGCCCCUUCUGGCUUUGCAAAAUUGGAGCUGAGACUUGCUGGAGAUUGCUUGAUUCCCUAAUUUGGGGGAGCUUAAAUAUUUGGGGGGCCUUAUAAUUGCUCUGUCAACUUCUGUUUGCUUCUUAAUCUGGAAGAAAAGCCUCUUGUCCUUUGAAUGAUACGCUUACGUAUUUAAUGGAAGGAGAUUGUUUUUUUCAGGGUAGGACAGUAUCUUAUCCACUCCACUUUCCCCCCCCACCCCGGAAGUAAAAUUUUUUUUAAAAAGCCUGCAUUUCAGGAAGCAGCCCUCCCACCCUUCUGCUGUGGGUCUGCCCCUCUGCGAAGUUUGACCAUGGUGAAUUUUUCUGAACUGUUUAAAGCCUCCAGCCACUUGUGCAGAUUUUCUCCGGACGGGAAAUACCUGGCUUCGGGGGUGCAAUACCGUUUGGUGAUCCGAGAUGUCAACACCCUUGAAAUUCUGCAACUCUUCACCUGCUUGGACCAGAUCCAGCACAUUGAGUGGUCUUCCGAUUCCCUAUUUAUAUUUUGCGCCAUGUAUAAACGUGGAAUCGUGCAGGUCUGGUCGUUGGAACAGCCGGACUGGCACUGCAAGAUCGACGAAGGCUCGGCCGGGCUGGUGGCCUCCUCCUGGAGUCCUGACGGGCGUCACAUCUUGAACACCACCGAGUUCCACCUGCGGAUCACCGUCUGGUCCCUGUGCACAAAAUCCGUGUCUUACAUCAAGUAUCCCAAAGCUUGUCAGCAGGGCGUCGCCUUCACGAAAGAUGGCCGCUAUCUGGCCCUGGUAGAACGAAGGGACUGCAAAGAUUACAUUAGCCUCUUCGUCUGCAGCAACUGGCAGCUUCUAAGGCAUUUUGAGACCGAAACCCAGGAUGCUGUGGGAAUCGAUUGGGCCCCCAAUGGCUGCGUGUUGGCAGUGUGGGACAGCUGCCUCGAGUAUAAAGUUCUGCUCUACACCCUUGAUGGACGUCUCCUCUCUACAUACAAAGCUUACGAAUGGUCUCUGGGCGUGAAGUCUCUUACUUGGAGCCCCAGCAGUCAGUUCUUGGCCAUUGGCAGCUACGAUGGAAAGGUACGGAUUUUGAACCACGUGACCUGGACGAAGAUUGCAGAAUUCGACCAUCCCACAAAUGUCACUAACUCAAAAACAGUUGUCUACAAUGAAGUAGAGAAAGCCCCAGCUGUGAACCUGGAGAAGUUGACUUUUCCUCCCAAUCAGAGAAUGGCAAACGCCCUUUUCAGCAUAAAGACAAAAUAUGACGUUGUCCAAGCCCCCAUUUCUUUGCACCACGUCAAACCUCCAGCAGAUCGGGCGAAUCCUAGAAUUGGCGUUGGAAUGUUAGCCUUCAGUUCUGAUAAUAGUUUCUUAGCAACCAGAAAUGACAACCUCCCAAAUGCUGUCUGGAUCUGGGAUGUUCAGAAGAUGAAACUCUGCGUGGUCCUGGAGCAUUUAGGUCCAGUUCAGCUGUUCCAGUGGGAUCCCCAUCAAUCUCGGCUUGCUCUGUGUACUGGGAAUAAUAAAGUGUAUCUCUGGUCUUCAGCUGGAUGUACAUCAGUGCAGGUACCGAUAGAAGGUGACUUCAAGGUGACUUGGCUUUCCUGGCACCCCAGUGGGGACUUCCUGAUUCUUCUGAGCAAGGACAAUUUCUGUCUGUGCUACUUGGAAGGAGAAGGAGAAGCUGUAAAAUAGCUACAUCCAAAGUGAAGCUAAGUGGAAAAUUAAAACAAUCAUCACUUGCUUUUACUUUCAGUUCUCUGAGAUUAGGAGGAAAAAAAAGUCAAUCUUGAUGGUCAGUCCAUCUUGUUUUCUGGGGACAAACAUGUCAUUUAAAUCUGUACAUCAAAAUGGAUGGGCCAGAGACUUAGUUCUGAAUGUACUUUCUGUAAAAUGUCCAACUACGAAGUCCCCCCAACAGUAGGAAACUGGUAUUUGAACUUAAAGGAUGUAUAUUUCAUGGCAUGCAACCUGCGUUGUUUCUCCAGUUUUCAAUAAAUGUGUUCUGUAAAGUGCAGUCAAAA